AUGUUGGCGUUCCCAGGAAUGGAGCAGUACCUGUGGAUGGUAGUGGUGGGGGCCUUUGUGGCCUUCGGGUUUGGGUGGGCCACAGGGUCCAACGAUGUUGCCAACGCCUUCGGAACCUCCGUCGGUGCCAAGACUCUGUCCCUCCGCCAAGCUGUCGUUAUUGCCGCUAUCUUCGAGGCCGGCGGCGCCCUCCUGCUCGGUCGCGUGUCCACUAACACAAUCGCGGGCGGAAUCGCUGACAUCAACUCCUUCCUGGAGGAUCCUGAGGUUUACGCUUACGGCAUGAUCUGCGCCCUGCUCGUGGGCACCAUCUGGCAGGGCCUCGCCUCCAAGAUGGGUGUCAACGUCUCUGCCACGCACUCCAUCAUUGGCGGUAUCGUCGGUUUCGCCCUCGUCUGGGGGGGCAGCGACGCAGUCAUCUGGGCCCAGAAGGCCGCCCCCGGGGAGGUUGCCUUUCCCCCCUACAAGGGCGUGAUCUCCAUCAUUCUCGCCUGGUUCAUUGCCCCGGUUCUCACCGGUUCCGUAGCCGCGCUCCUGUUCUUUACGCUUCGCUUUUUGGUGCUUCGGAGGCAGAACGCGUACAACCUGGCCUUCUGGGUGUUCCCCCCGCUGGUGCUCAUCACGACCUGGGUCAAUAUGUACUUUGUCUUCACCAAGGGCGCCAAGAAGGCCCUGAGCACCGGUGACGACAGCUGGACAGACACCAAGGCCGUGUGGGUUUCUGCGUGCAUUGCGGGCGGUGCUGCAAUCCUUAUGGCCCUUCUCACCCCCGUCCUGAAGAAGAGGGCCGACUCCAACUUCGACGCCGACGGCAAGCGCAUCAACAAGGAGAUCCCCCUCGAGGACAUCGAAGCCGCCAAGAAGACCGAGGGCGAGGAAGAGCAGCCCCAGUCUCUGUACAGCAAGGCCAAGACUGCCGCGCUUUACGGAACCAGCUACAAUAUCCACGCUAUCAUCGACUCUGACGCGGCCGUGCACAAGAUUCACUCGGGCGCUGAGGUAUUCGAGGAGCGCGUCGAGUUUGCCUUCGGCUACCUCCAGGUCUUCUCCGCCAUCUGCGUCAUCUUUGCGCACGGCGCGGGCGAGGUCGGUUACAUGGUCGGCCCCCUAACCACCAUCUGGAAGGUUUACGGGGACGGUUUCCUAGCCAAGAAGGUUGACCCCCCAAUCUGGGUCGUCAUCAUCGGUGCGACCGGUCUGGUUAUCGGGUUAGCGACCUACGGUUACAACGUAACCCGGACCAUGGGAGUGCAGCUGGCCAAGAUCACCCCCGCGCGCGGCUUCUGCGCUGAGCUGGCGACAGCUGGCACCAUCAUGUUCGCUGCGCAGUACGGUCUCCCCACUUCUUCCAGCCAGUGCAUCACGGGAGCUAUCGUCGGUGUCGCUCUUUUGGAGGGCGCCAAGGGCGUCAACUGGAAGAUCUUCGUAACCCAGUUCGUCUCCUGGGUGCUCACUCUGGUCGCCGUCGGCGGCUUUGUCGCCCUCAUCUUUGCUCAGGGCAUUUACGCCCCGUCCCGCCAGUCCCUCACCCAGCAGCACCAGUACGAAACCCGGGUUAGCAACCUAACCACGAACCUGUACAAGGACUUCAACACCUCCCUGUACGCAUACCGCGCGGGCGCGGCCGCGGGCGCGCUUCCGACUCUGUCCGCCGCCCAAUGGUCGUCUUUGAACUCCUCAGUCGCCAAGGCUUCGAGCACCGCGAAGGGAUUGGUCGACCUCAAGAAGAGGCAGACAGUCGAGGCCAAUGACGUGAUGACCAACCUGUACAAGGCGAUCGCGCUGUUCCAGCAGAACACCGUAUUGACACUCGGCCAGGCGGCCGUCUUCAACGGCUCCACCGGCUGCAACGCAGUGUCAAGCGCGGCGACCCCCGCCCUGUGUCAAGCGCCCAAGCUGCUGCCCACCGCCUACCAAACCAGGUUUCCUUAG